UCAUGGCGCCCAGCAUGUAGGGGGUCGAAAUUUGUUUUCGAUGCUGUGUGCGUAUCUUAGUAAAUUUUUGAAUGACAAUCAUUAAGUCAUCAAAUGGCAUUUUUGUUACAUUGUAAACUAAUAUUUUUCUCCAAUUUUUUAUUGCGUUCUAAAUUAAAUGGACUUAAAAAAACACUAUAAAAAAGUCUUAUUCAUUUUAUCCAGUGCCGUAGCCGUAUAUUUUUUCAACAAGUUCGUGUACAAGAAGAUGUUCGGAUCAGGGAAACCGAAGAAAAAACCUCUCAAAGAAUUUCCCACGAUAGAAGACAUCCAAAAAUUUAUCGAAGAGCUACCAUUCGAUGCCAUCAAGAUGGAUAGAGGCAUUACUUUGAAAGAUCUGUUAGGAGAAUUGUCGGAAUUUAGUGAUGAUGAGGAAUGGAAAGAAUUGAUUGCGAGUGUUCACAAUAUGUACAACGAGCAUCCGGAUGAUACCACUACUACUAUAGCUUCAUAAAAGCGUAAAAUUUCAUAUUUUUUGUCCAUAAAACAGUGUAAUUUUAAACAUAUACAAUAUUGUGCUAUACAUUUUUUAAAAAUGUUAAAAUACAUAUGCCUCCAAUCUAUUAGAGAUUUGACUUCUUUAUAAAAUGUAUACCUAUCCACUAAACGUUCUUUCGUGAAAGAAAUAAGAUGAUUUAUUUUAUUUAUCUUUCCUUAAAGACAAUUGAAAUUGUAUGGGAAUGGUAAACAUCACUAAAUCGAAAAUGGUCGAAACAUUAAAUCCUAAAAACAAAGACGAAUAAACAAAUGUUAAAAUUAUAACUAUAAUUUUUGGCGUUCUAUAUAUAUAUAUAUAUAUAUAGUUUAACAGAUCCCCCUUAACUCCCUGUUUCAUUAAGAUAGAGCUCAAUUUUUACUAAAAAUCGAUGACGUCAUGUACACGAAAGUGGUGACGUCAUUAGUAUAUUCAAUUGUAGAGUAACGCGCAUUUGAAAAUAAAAAUUGACCAGAGAAAGUAUUUUGUUAAAAUACUGUUAGAAAGAAAAAUACUAAAUUUAUUUCAAUUGAUACGUCCUCACUAUAUAAUUUUUUCUCACAACGGGACGUCUGUCAAUUUUAAUAGGGUAACAUAUCAAUUUUUUAUUAUUUUUAGCGAAGAAUAACAACAGUAAAAAUAUAGUAAAACUGUAAAUAUAUAAAAUAUAUAAUGAUACAAAUUAUUAAAAAUAACUAAUGUUUUAUGUUUAUUCAAAAUAAGAAAAGAAAAUAAAGCUAAUUUUAUGCAGUCUGAUGGGUUGGUUUUCUAUAUUUUGGUUUUUAAAUGGGAGUGGAAAUAUUAACAUGACUUGUUUAUGUUACCCUUGGCUUGCAAUGAUGAAACUCGCAAAUGAGUUUUUCACUAGUCUCAUAUGAGACAAAACUUUGUUAAUAGUAUGCAUUGCCUAAGAUCGUCUUGUUUUUAAAGCUAAACAUUUUUGUGUUUUUUAAGGAAAGUGGGAUACAUAGCUGGGUAGCGGGACUGUCCUGCCUAAAGCGGCAUGUUUAUGGUCACAUCCUUAUCUCAAAUAUGGCACAUCCAUAAAAAACAACGACAAAAAAAUGAAAUCCACUAAUCACAGUUCCUAGAUUGGUCGCCCGGC